GGACGUUUCAAUGUGGACGCUCAACUCUGUGAAAACGACUGAAAACGCUAGUGUGGACGUGGAGUGUUUUCAAAUCUAUCCGGCUAGUGUGGACGUAGCCUAACUCACCUGAUGAUGCAGUGAUGAAGGUGUUUAUUGAGACUCUGAAUCUCUAAGACUGUGAGUCAUCAAAUUUCGAAAACUUCUGUGUUUCAAAUGUCUGCACUGAUUUCCCAAAUCUUACCUCUCAAAUACCCCCUCCAAACAAACUAACUACAAAUAACAUUAAAAUUAUUAAAAACGAAACAUUUUCAAACAAUAAAGACGAAGCUGAAACGAGAAACCCCACUCUGGCAACUAAAGCUAAACUGAAUUAAAAACAAAAAGUCUGAAAUGAAAUGCAAAAAAAUUCUUGCCGCACUUUGGGCCCCUUAGUACAUGUAGCAUGGCUUAAUCACAGCCAUUUUCAAUGGCUGCUUCCAGCUGGAUAAUGCAAAAUGGCACAAAGCUUAAAUCAUCUGAACCUGGUUUCUUAAACAUGGUAAUAAGUUCACUGUACUCAGAUGUCUGUUGCUUUAUUUCUGGAUCUCCACUUCCUAAUGUGACAGGAUGAAUGUAUGAGAUAAGGAAAUAAUCGAGCCACAAAUAAGAGAAGUGGUAAAGGACACUUUCACAUCAGUCAGUGUCCUGACUGUGCAGGAGGAGGACGAGACAUUUCAUCUGCACUCAGGAGAAUAAGUCAUGAUGUUUCUCGUGUUUGUCCUGUUAGUAUCUCAGUGCUCGUCGCUCACCAGUCAACAGUGUCACCACUGUGAACAAACAUCCUGCGACUGCUCGAGCCAAAACUUUCGGGAAGUCCCUGCAGCCGCUUCAAAACUCAUCACUGAGCUCGAUCUCUCUUUUAACGCACUGGAGACGAUAAUGAAAGAUGACUUUCUUUCAUAUGCCGCUUUGAGGGCUUUGUUCGUGAAUAACAACAGGAUCAAAACCAUCCAUGAAGACGCAUUUCACCCGCUGAUUGAUUUGGAGAAACUGGACUUGUCCUCAAACCAGUUGGAGACUUUGUCUUCUGGUUGGUUUCAGAACCUGAUUUCUCUCCACUACUUGAAUCUUUUGGGAAACAAAUAUUCAACACUUGGUCAGGGAAACCUUUUCCUGCCACUGAGGAGCUUGAAGACCCUCCAUUUUGGAGGAUCUUUCCUUCAGUCUGUCAGUAAAAGGGAUUUUUCUGGCCUUUUUGGUCUUGAAGAACUUGUUUUUGAAGGAAAUCAUCUGCAAGUGUAUGAAAACGAAAGUCUGAGACAAAUUGGACCCAUUAGCCAUGUAACACUUAGUCUCAAUGGAGUAUUUCACAGAGAUUUAGCAGUAGUACAAGCUAUAUUGUUAGACGUUGUUCAUCCAAACACAACAGUGACAUUCACUGACACACAGUUCAACAAAAGUUUGCAAAUGUUCCCACUUCGUGUGGUCAUCGAGCGUGGUGCUACAGGUCUUAGUUUUAAAAAUGUGAACAUGUCUGUGUCAGCUUGUGUACAACUUAUGAAUAUUUUUUCGGGCUCUGAUCUGACUUUUUUUGCUAUCGAAGAUUCUCAAAUCUUCAAAAAUGAAGAGGAAGUCUUUCUUGUUGACAUAAACCUGAAAGGCUUGGAUGUCAUCGUCUUCAAAAACAUUGAUAUUAACGUGUUCUACCGUGUUCCUGAACUCCAUUUCAUGCAAAAUAUACUGGCUGUAGUAAGAAAGGCAUCUGUGAUAAACUCCAAGUUGUUUGCCAUUCCUUGCCAAUCCACUAUUCAUUUCUCAGAUUUGGAGUUUUUGGACAUCAGUGACAACAUAAUCGCAGAUUUUACACUUAUGGAAAUGAUGUGUUAUGGCAUCGGUGUCCUUCUAAAUCUCCGCACACUCAACAUCAGCAGAAAUAUUUUGUCUUCAAUCAACAGCGAGCUUUUCACUAAACUAGUAAAGCUGGAAAACCUCGACAUGAGUGGAAACUCAUUUGACAGCAUGCCUUUGACUUGUUCCUGGCCAGCAAGUCUCAAGUUCUUAAACCUUUCGUCAACUUCUCUUCCUGAGGUGACAUCCUGCCUACCACAGAGCCUACAGAUCCUCGAUUUAUCCAGAAAUAAACUGACUGUCUUUAACAUUGAAUUGCCGCUUCUCAAAGAGCUGUACAUCUCUGGCAACAAGCUUGGAAAUCUUCCUGAUGGGCAUUUAUACCUCAGCCUCGCAGUUCUCUCCAUUCAAGACAACAACUUGGCCAAAUUCAACAGUAAAAACCUGCAUGAUUACCAGAGCCUGAGGGUUCUGGAAGCUGCUGGCAACCCUUACGUCUGUUCAUGUGACUUCGUAGGUUUCGUGACAAAUGACUUGAUGAACCAUAAAACUGUAGUUAGACAUGACUUAAAGUCUUACAUCUGUGACUCUCCCGAUGCAGUGAGGGGGGAGAGAGUAUCAGACGUGAAGCUGUCAGUGUUCGAGUGCCACACAGCUUUAGCGAUUUCUUUGCUCUGCUUAGGCAUCCUGGUGCUGUGUGUGCUCAUUGCAGGUCUGUGUUAUAAGUUCAGAAUUGUGGGGUAAACGAAGGUGACCUGGGUGGAGACAAAAAGCUCGACUCCCAGCAGUCGAGUUCUGACAGAACUUUGUCAAAAUCAGGCUGCGGAAAGUGAUGAACUCUAGGACGUACCUGCAGUCGCCUCACCAUGAAGAUCAGAUUCCAGCGUUCUGGUAAAGUCUGAGAACAGCGAUUAAAACAUCUGAAACUGAUAAUAAAGACAAUCUAUAAAAGGGUUUAUACUUAAAAUUUUGAUUGUACACACACAUAUUUACCUUCUCUAAGUGCUACAACAUCAGUGACUUUACGCUACGAAUAUAUUUUAAGACUAUUAUAUUUUAUUAUGAUAUUUUAAGAGUAUUAUCAAAGACAGCAUGACCUAUUUUGAAUGUUAUUUGGUCAAUCUGUUUAAAAGCUCAAGUAUUCCUUUCAUUUGACAGUAAAAACAAAGUACAGAAGGCUGUAUACAGAUAAUUUUGGAAUCUCUUAAAACUUGCCCUUGUAUUUCUGAAAUCCUUUAAAAAUCUUUCUCUUGUUAUAUAAAUGUGCUAAAAAAAAAGCUUAGCUCUUUGUACAUAAUUUGGGUUGGAGCUACAUAUUACUUAUAUAUCUUUCAGUAUUGUGCUAACUUAGUUUGAAUGGUGUCAGGAAUUGCUCUUUUCUUUCUUUUUAAGUUUUUUUUCCCUCCAUGAAUGCAUGUACUCUAGUGGAGGCUUACAUAAAAACUAAUGAGAGAUAAGUGAGUGGUCUAUUACAGGUCAUAAUUGUUUUGUAUACAAUAAAGAUUAAAAAAGGCAAAGUGAUCUUUUUGUUUUAGUUCACUGGAAUGUUUCACAGUUAUCAUAAGUACCACAACCUGUAACUGAGACAAUUUAUGUAUAUGUGAAAAACUCAAAAGUGAUGAUAUAGUCAGGUGCACAAGAUUUUUGGGCAAUGACACAUUUUGUGUUGUAAUUUUGCCUCUGUGCACCACUACAAUGGAUUUAAAAUCAAAUAAGGCAAGUGUAGAGUUUCAGCUUUAAUUCAAGGCUUGAAUAAAAUUGAUCACUUUAA